AUGUCACAUGAAUCAUAUAUAGUACGAGUAUAUGCUGUUAUCUUUCGAAUUGAUAUAUAUGCAACUACGUCGCGGUGUGCUGUUACAUUUCGAACAAUGCUGUUUAUUGUAUUAUUAUUAAUCAUCGGAGAUGCUCUUGCUAUUUCCAGUCCUAUUCAGCCGUUCACUGCGUAUAGAUACUCAACUGAACUAGAACCUGAUAUAGCCGAUCUUUGGUGGACAGUGGAUAUUGAUGCUAAUGAGAUCACUUUUGAACUGCACAUGAAAACUACAGGGUGGAUAGCGUUAGGCAUUAGUCCAGGUGGCGGCAUGAAAGGUGCUGAUAUUGGAGUUGGAUGGGUUGAUAAUAUGGGAAAAGUUCAUUUUCAGGAUCGAUAUGCAUCCGAUUUCGCUGUACCGAUCAUUGAUAACACAACUAGCAAUUGGCUUGCUCAACGUGGCCGUGAAUCUGACGGAUGGACCGCCAUUCAAUUCAAACGUCCUCUCGACACAUGCGAUCCCAUGGAUGUUUCAAUUAUAUCUGGAACGAACAUCGUCAUAUAUGCGUAUGGUCUUACCGAUCCAGUUGGUGAUAUUAAUUACCAUCAAGGUCGACGUGGUUCACGCAUGAUUCCACUUCAAUCGUAUGCAAAUCCACCACUAGAAAAAAAGUUUACCGAUCUUGAUUAUUUCGAAUUUCGUAUGAACAAUGAUGUUGUUCCAGCCAAUGACACAACUUAUUAUUGUAGAGUAUUCAAAGCGCCGACUGAAUAUCCAAUAAAACGUCACGCCAUUGCUCACAAAACACUGAUCGACCCGAAUAAUAUCGAUUUGGUUCAUCACCUUGUGUUUUUUGCCUGUGAUCCAAGAGCUAAAUUUGAUGAUAAUAAUCUCCCUCAUGGUGUACGUGAUGAGCAUUAUCGAGAAUUGUCUGCUUGUUUUACUGGUACUUCUACUAUUUGGGCAGUAGGUGGUGAGCCGCUUGUCGAAUUUCCAGAAGAAGCUGGUUAUCCGGUUAGUGGUGAUUUUGCCUCGAAAUAUUACAUGCUUGAGAUGCACUAUAAUAAUCCAAAACUAACACCAAAUCGUCGUGAUAAUUCGGGUAUUCGAUUUUACAUUGGAGAAGAACUUCGUCAAUAUGACAUUGGCUAUAUAUCAUUCGGAACUGUUGUCAACACUCUUGCGCUAGCAAUUCCACCAAACAUGGAGCGAUUUAAUGUCGAUUCGUAUUGUCCAAGUGGAUUCAGCAAAGGUGGUGAACGAACAACAGAGGAAAUGUGUUUUCAUCAAUUAACUUAUUAUCCUCGCCAAGACAAUCUGGGUGCGUGUUUUACGCUGAACCACCCCGAUGCAUGGCACGCCAUAAGCAACCGAGCGUUGACAACAUCAAAUUAUACAGAAAUAGUGGAUUGGAUUAAUAAGAUUGAGUGGACGCCAACAUUAGCUGCUCAAUGGCAAGAAUUCUAUAAUAAUGCGUCACGCUUGGUCAAUUACAACGGAAUAUCCGAAACUUUAGACGUUCUACCAAAAUAUAAAGACUUACCGAUAAAAUCGUGUCAAACUUGA